CUGUCGUUUAGCAUGUUUUGAUGCAUCUUUAUAUAAUUGAGAUAAAAAAAAAAUAGAGGUUUAAUGAGACCAUAAAAGGGCUGGGUGACUUAUAGCUGUUAAACUUUAUUAGACAGUAAGCUUUUAGUGCCCGUUUAAUCCAAAGCAUUGCUUGUGUAUGGAGGCUAUAAACCAAACAGGGCUCUUAACCUUGCCAUUUCUCAAACUGUGAGGAAGGAGAUCCCUAGGGCUGCAUGACAGGCUGAUACAGGGGACUCUGGUACCUCUGCCUUCUUUAUUUUGGUUACCAGAGCCUCCACUGCUAACAGGCUUGAAGCUGGGUUGCUGGGCUUUUCAAGGGUUGGUUUCAGAGAUAAACAAGGGUGUUGAAAUGAUGCCAGAUUUUAAAGGUGAACAAAAAUGUUUUGCUUGGAGCAGUUGGGCAAAUAAAAAGUAUUGUGUAGGCUCUCAGGUAUUCUAAUGGAGUUUCCAACCAUGGGGUUGGAGACCAAACCAAGUAAAGUUUUAUAAAAGGAACUGGAAAACCACAAAUAAAGGGCUGUGAAACAUCCAGGUUGGGAAUAAUUGUUUAGGCUCUGCAGCAGGUACAGCAGGUUUUCAAAUGUCUGUUGGCAAUGACUCCUGGUAUUUUUAACAACCAAAAGCUGUCGAUAACAUGAGAUUUGUGUGUCCUGUGCAAAGUAGUUUCCUACUGUUUGUCUAGUGGAGAAGUGUCUAUCUUACAGAGUCAAAUUCACAGAUGUGUUUGCUUUAAAUGUGUCUUUUAUGCAGUCAGCAGCAAAGGAAAAUCUGGGUGAAGGUGAAUCACCAUUACUACAGUGGGGUCCUGGAUUCGUGAACCAGCCCCUCAAGCAGAAUCCAGGUCACUGUUAGCUGAGCCAUAAAUGGAUUUCUGGAGUCCUGCUCCAAGGAUGGGCUGACUCCUGUGUGAAACGGUGUCAUGACCAACAUCUACCAAACCACUUUCUUCUGAAACUGUGUGUUUUGUUUUCCUUGCUACAUCACAAAUAGAAUACAAAUAAAGGUAUAAAAUGUGGGAUAAAGGUAUUAUUCUCAUGCUGUUUAGUGCAACAUUUUCAGUGAAUAAAGCAUUACUGUUGAUGAACUGUGGAGAGAUGAGGUGGUGCUAACAAAACAAGUAAAAGCUGAGGCUGGACAUGAUGCAAGAAAGUUUGUUUGCAGUUGAUUUCAUCCAAGUAUUGAGUGCAGCCCGGAGUGAAAACAAAGUGGUGUGAUUUUAUUGCAAGCCCCUUGUAGUAAAUCUGUAAACCAUGACCAGUCUGCCUCCCAGAGCCAACAGUGUAGUUUCAGUAAUGUUCUUGAACUACAUGUUGCAAAGCUUUGGCAAUUUUUGAGCUUUACAAAGAAAAAAAGUUGGGUUUUUUUGUAAAACCAUCCUGAAUGGCCAGGAAUAUUCAUGAUUUUUGCAUUGAGUGCCCUUAUGUGAAAUUGAAGGCCCGAUCCUAUGGGAUGACAAGAUCCCUCAGUUUCUGAGGGACAGUAAAAUUUGUUAUGAAGGUUAUGAAGAAAGAUUUACAGGCUCUUUGCUUAAAGUGUGCAAGUAUCUUCAUGGAAGAUGAAUAAAACUGAGGGACUCUUUUAACUAAAGCACUAAAAUCAUAGCAACUGGAAAUGAUCUGAGAAAUUCCAAUAGAAAUGUUGCUAUUUCUAAACAGGGCUGUGAACUACUGAAGCUACUUGUGUCACUGAUGGAUGAGUUGAAGUUUCCAGUAUUGUGGAAUCUCUAGAAGACAUUCAAGUUAUUUGCUUUAAUAAAGGUCUACCCAGAGUGAACCUGGCAGUUGUUUACAUUCCUAGUGUGAGUUUUGAUGUCCAUUUGUGGGCUUCUAAAUGUAGGACAGAAAUCCCAUUUUACCAGGCACAUGUGCACACAGCACCUCUGUUCAGUUCCUUUGCUGGAGCAGAGCAUUUUUGGCUGGGGAAUAGGCAGGGAGCACCACUGGACGCAGGGGAGCAGGUCAGGACACCACUGUCCCAGGUCAUGGUGUGGGAGCCUCAGCUUGGAUCUUGUUUGUUAUCCCAUAACUUUUGAAUUGUAAUGCAAAAACUGUUCUGUCUUCCCUGAAAAUGAAAAGUAAGGGCUGUAAACCAGCAGAGGGUUCAUGUAAUGUGAUGUGAAAUGCAUCUGAUUUUCAGUUGGGUAAAUUCUUAAGUGUGGUCAGGUUUCCCCUGGGGCCUUAUCACUCUGUCACAAGAGUGACAUCGGGAUCUUGGAGCUGGCUGAUAUUUUUUUUUUUGCUCUUGGAGUGGGGCAGAGGAAAGAAGGACUUGGGUAAUUCAUGAUAAAGAAAUCCACAUCAACUGUAUUUAUUUAUUUUUAAAUAAUACUCAUGUUACACUCUUAUUCCUUGGUUUACUUGUGAUAUUUUAAACCCUCCAGCAGGUGCUGCUGCGUCCUGCAAAUGUCAUCUUCGUGAAGGGGAAAAAAACCCAGUAGUUUAAUUUAAUACAACUUUGUUUAGUGCCAUGAAUAUUUCUGUGUUCUCUUUUCUUCCUCAAGCUAUUUACCAGCAGAGUUACUAAGGAGUGAGUUUUUAUGAUCCCAGCGUAUUUAACCCUGCAAGUAAAAAGAGGUUGAAGAUCAGUGGGAGUUGCUGAUCAAGGUCAUGCUCAGAGCAAGUUGAACAGUCACAGGGCAGCUCACAAGACUUUUUAGAGUUUUGGCCCUGGUUUAUAGAUGAGAGGAGGAAAUUGCUAAAUGUAAAGUGUGUGGUCCCCAAAGUGAGUCAGUGGCAAAGCUGGAAAGAGUUAAAAUUUACCACUUUAUAUUUUUUUUUAUUUGUAGUUUUUUAUAAACGAUCAUCAUUUGUUGAUGAUGUUGUGAGUAACCACUGAAAUGUUGCAAAUGAUUGUGAAGAACAACUGAUUACAGCUCCUGAGAUACCAUUCCCAGCAGUGAGAUCAACAAAGGGGUUAAAAGUGAGAUAGGCCUAUCUUUUACUUGAUUCAAAGCUCUCAGUAAAUGAUUGUUGGAGCUCUGCCACGUAUAACAGAGCAUUUAGAAAGCACGCCACAGACUCUGCUUCCUCCUGAGGAGAGCUUGUCUGUCAACAUCUCACUUUAAUUGUAGUCUUUUAAGGUACCAGCAGGCAGGCAAAUCUCACCAGCCAGCAGUCAUGGAAGAUCCAGUCUUUACCAACGUCAGUGAAAAUGUUAAUGACACCAGUGUCUGUGAGGUCUCAGACUCUGAGGAAGACAAAGGGAGUCAUCUUUAUUAUCAUGUCCGUAAAGAUUCAGCAUCUCCUUCUUCCAUCGCUAAUAUCCCAGAGAACAUGAAUGGUAGUCAAGAGAACCCAGAAGAUAACUGUAGUAAUUCUGUGGCCUCUCAGCAUGGAGAUGAUGGAGAAGAUGAUUCUUCAUUUCGCCAUGGUGCUGGAGAAGAUGAUUCUUCAUCUCACUCUGGUGCUGGAGAAGACCACCCAUACCAGCAGAUGGAUCUGAUGAGCCCAGCUCUGGAAGAGAAACAUGUAGAGGUCACGAUGCUUGAGAGCAACCUUCAUUUUCCUCCGGAUUUCCAGUCGCAUCUGAGACAGAGCACUUUUUCUGACUCUUCAACUUCCCUCAAGUUUCCCCUUAAGAAUAACUCUGGAGAAACUAACAACUUUCAGGAAGAUUUUGAGAUUUACAUUUUUGUAAAGGCUGGUAUAGAUGGAGAAAGCAUUGGGAACUGCCCAUUCUCCCAGCGUCUCUUCAUGAUCCUGUGGCUCAAAGGAGUUGUGUUCAACGUCACCACUGUUGAUCUGAAAAGAAAGCCAGCUGACCUGCACAAUCUGGCUCCUGGGACCCACCCACCUUUCCUGACAUUUAAUGGAGAAGUCAAGACAGAUGUUAACAAGAUUGAGGAAUUCUUGGAAGAGACUCUUGCACCUCCAAAGUACCCCAAGCUGGCUGCUAAGCACCGGGAAUCAAACACUGCUGGAAUUGAUAUCUUUUCCAAAUUUUCUGCAUACAUCAAAAAUACCAAGCAGCAGGAUAACGCUGCUCUUGAAAGAGGCUUGGUGAAGGCUCUGAAGAAGCUCGAUGACUACCUGAGAACCCCUCUGCCAGAGGAGAUCGAUGCAAACAGCACUGAAGAGGAGAAAGUGUCCAAACGCAAGUUUCUGGAUGGAGAUGACCUGACUCUUGCUGACUGCAACCUUCUGCCCAAACUCCAUGUUGUCAAGAUUGUUGCAAAGAAAUACCGCAACUUUGAGUUCCCGACGGAGAUGACGGGGCUGUGGCGGUACCUGAAGAACGCCUAUGCCAGGGACGAGUUCACCAACACCUGUGCAGCAGACAAGGAAAUCGAGCAAGCCUAUGCAGAUGUGGCCAAGCGGCUCAGCAAGUCCUAACUGACCUCAGUGGUGGCUCAGUAUCCCCUUUCACAGACUCUUCUCCUUGUUGCCUUAAGAUAUACUUUAUUGUUAUGCUGUCUGGUUGGCAUCCCUAUGACUUCACCUGUUCCAAGUGUAUUGGUCAGGGAUAAAUCUGCUUCUCCCUGGAGAAAAGGCAGCUCUGGUGGGGUGGGUGGAGACCCUUUAAAGUCUAACCUAAGAUCUGGCUCGACUAGUAUUAUUUGCAAUCAGUAUUGGAAAUGAGUCUUUACAACUUUCUUGUUUCAUGUGGGGCGUAUAUCACCACCUGUAGUCUUUACAGUUUUAAAAAUAAGAUAUUAGCUGAAUAUUCAGAUAAGAGAGUUAGGAACACAUAGAACUGGUUCUUCUGUAGGUUAUUUCAAGGACACUUUUCCCCCCAGUGCUAAUGAAAUCCUGAGGCAUGAACAAAAUACAAGAGAGAGGGGGGGAAAAAUAGGAGUGACCCUAAAGCAGAAAUACUCUUAGCAGUUAUAUUUAAAUAAACUCUCUGAAUGCAGGUUCUGUUUUAGCAGGCCCAAGAGUUUAUAGGGUAUUUAUUUUUAACUUGGUGGAAGAGGGGGAAGCCAGAGCAAAUAUGUCAGACUUGCAGAUGCUACUCUGCAUAAAAUUUGCACGCUGUUGUUGGAUCCAAAUGUUUAAAGCAAAAGAGAGUGAAUGAACAACUGAGCAGGCAGCCCUUGGAAGAGCAGGGCUCAUGCCAAAAUGCCCAGUGGAUCAGCUGGUUGGUAAAGACAGACAGACACAGCUAUAAUGGGGGCAGCAGAUUGACUCCAGCACCCACAGAGGGAAUUGGCACAGCUAACCAAACCAUGUAGGAUAUUGUCAUCUUGACUGUAUGGCUGCCAGUUCCUUUAUAAUUGCUAUCUUGGGAAACUUGGAUCAGCAGUAGAAAGCUGUCGCUGCACACGAAUUCCAGGCAGGGGGAAGCGCUUUCUUCGCCUUGGGCUCCAGAUGGGUCACUUUCAAGUGCUCAUCAUCUCACCCCAGGAGAAGUUUGCUCUGAGAGCCUCAAAGAGGGCAGGCUGAAACAGUAAGAGGCACGUUUCCAGCCAGAAAUUCAGCAAGUAUGCCAGCAGAAAUCCAUGCAACAUGCCUCAGUCCCGUUCAUCUAGGGUUUACCGAUCCAGGUUCCGUGAUUCUGAAUUAGGAAUUUUUUUCUAACAGUAAUUAUUUUGUUCUAUCUGUAGUUCCUUCCUGGCACAUCUGCUUUAUACUAGUGAUUAUUUGCACGUUCCUUUAGCAAAUUCAGAUUGACAGCUCUUUUACUUGAAACUCAUGCGCACCAAUACGUAUAGCAGUGCACAUGGCUCAUGAUUUUUCAGUUUAGGGGGAUUUAUUGCUGUUUUAAAAGACAAAACAAAAUUGAGCUCUAACCUGAUGUGGCUCCCCUUCUGAUCAGAGCUGCUAGAGCUGCACAAAUUUGAGGGGAACCCUGAGCUGGUGAGCUGUGACCAACAGGAACCUCACAGCAGGCUUGUUUGCAGCCAGAGAGCUGGAGGAGUGGAGACAGCAUCAAGUGCCAGCCUCUGCCGUGUGAUGCUGAUGACAAUCUGAAACCAUCCUGUUGCUUUGGUGGGAUUAUUCCACUUUUCACACUAACCCAGCUGGGAGUAGAAUGUUACUCAUUAACUGUGAAGAUAGUUUGUGGUUGACUAUUGUUUCUCAUGCAAUGGUCAAUUUGUUCUGAACUUUCAAAACCUUGUAAGAAAAAUCCAUGAACUCUCAAGUCUUCUCCUAGAACGGGCUGUUUUAUCAGUGGCUAGACAGGAGGGCAAAGGCUCGCACUCUUUAAAAUAUUGCUGAGAAAUCAGCUGGCUCAGAGAACACUAAUAGCAGCCAGAAAAAUCUAAUGAGAUUAGAAGUGUCUGCACAAGCACAUGUGGCUUGUUAAAAACAUUUCUUCAUGAGGUUGGAAUUAUUAUUUGUGAUAUUAUUUUCUUUUUUUUCCCUUUUAUUCUGGCAUUUAUUUAUUUAUUUAUUUAUCUUGAUUGAGUCGGUCCUUUCUGUCUGUUUUUCUGGUUUUGUUUUCACUCACCGUGCAGGUCAAGAUGGCUCGGUCAGUUUAGAAAAGUGUUAUUAGCAAAGCUCUGCCAAAUUGUUCCUAGUGAAAAGUCUUCUACCUGACCAAUGGUCACAGGGACUUUUUUACUUCCAGUAUGAUUUGAAGCAUGUUGAUCAACAGAAACUACAUUUUUCUCAGAUUUGUACUUCAGUCAGUCUCUUUGCUUAAUCACAGUUGCAGUGAAUCUUUGAAUAAAAGAUACAGAGGCGGAUGCAGAUUCUUUCUCUCUGCUUAUUAUAUUUAGCUCCUAAAAGAAGACUGUCCAAACAUGCAGCAGAUCUCAGGCAGGGUAAGCAAACCAGGGUCUGCCCUGAUUUCCAUGUCUCAGUCUUCACCAGUGUGCUGAAUCCUGUGGUUCUGAAACAUUCUUAUACGUCUUUCUGUAGUUUUCAUAGAUAAGGGCCAAAUCACAAUCAGUUGCUCUUAGUGACCUCAAAUUGCAUCUGUUUUUGAAAAAUUAUGUUUAAAAUGGUUGGGCUUAUACCACAGAGAAAAUGAGCUGUAAGUGCAAUGAGCACUAAGAUGAUUUGCAUGUUCUUAAAAACUUUUAAAGAUUUCAUUAUAAAAUCUAAAAAUCCCCAAGCUACCUUCCUUCUAAUUAAUAACAAAAAAAUCUUUAAAUAUCUUCAUUUUCCUAACAGUACCCCCUAAAUAUCUAGAUAAGAUGUAACUAUGGGUAUGAGAAAGAAUAAGAGGAAAAUGGAGCAAUUUUCAGCUCCCAUGCCUGUUCUGCCACAAUUCAAGUCUCACUCUGCAUCCUAAUUUGUAUUUUACUCAUAACUCUAUUAUAGGCUGAUACAAGAUUAUGGACAGGUUCAGGCAUUCCCUGACCUUUGUUUGAGUUUGAAAUCCAAGUUCAUGUUUUCAGAUCUGUAACUUUCGCUCACCUUUGUGCUUUUUGGCUUUUGUAGUCAGAAGCAGGAAAUACUGGAAAUACUACACAAAAAAGUGUUUUGCUAAGAUUUUGAGCUCAGUUCUCAAGACUCAGGACCCAUCACCAAUGAGAGUUUAAAGGGCUCCAGACUCCUUUAGGCAGGGUGUUUUUUGUGACCUUCUAUUGUAUUUAGAAUUAUAAGUAAUAAAUAUUAAUCAUACAGGAUUGUAUAUCUACAUUGGCAAGGCAGCAUUUCUGAAAAGAAUCUAAGUGACAAGACAGACAUUGCAGAUUUAUAAUAACUUUGUUCAUAAAUUUUUUGCAAGAUGUAAAGAAAGACAUAGUGCAGAGGGGGAAGAAGCCAACAAUGUGGAUUUAAUCAUCUACAUUUCAAAAAUGCAGACCAAAUGUCUGUGAAGAUGUCCAUUUCAUCUAAACAUUUCUUAGAUAUUUAUUUCAAAGCUCCCUGCUCAGUCAAUCCAACACUCCAUUCAUAUUGGAACUAAUAUUGAUUUUUCUUCUAGUAGUAGUGGUAUGGGAGUGCUGGAGGAUCCCAUAGAUUAGUUACUCUUAUUCUCUGUUAGACUGUUUGAAUUGCCAAGAGGUCAUUUUGCUGUACAGGUGGGACUAGAGAGUAUCUGUUUCAAGUCUAUUUAAAUGAGGGCUUCAGAGAAACAUUUUUUUUCCAAUAGAAAUCACACAAUGAUAUUGCUUUAUCAGGUCUAGUGUGCAAUACAGAGCUACAGGUUACUCCUCUGUUUGCACCAGCUGAAAAGCCACUGCCCAGCAGGGAAUGACAGUCUAUAUCACAAAGAAAUUAGACAAAGUUGUUUUUCUUACAAUAAAGUUCAGCUGAAAUGCAUGUAGCAUUUUUUUUGAAUAUUUAUUUAUUUUGUUUUAACCCCUGGCUACCUUGUUUUAACCCUCCUCUCUUGUCCCUGCUCAAAUUCAGCUCCAGUUUAGCCACAACCAUUUCCUCAGUGCUAAGUAUCAGAGUGCUCAAGGACGGGCACACAGAGAACUGUGUUUUAGUGCAACCCUUCCGUCUGGUGGGAUGAAACCCCCUUUCUGCAUCGACUGAGUUUGGCUAAUUAGCCGAGUUUAAAGUAUUGCAAAAAUUUAGCCAGUGGAAGUCACACUCCCGUAAAGCCAGAAGCACAUGGAAGCAUUGGUUUUUUUAAAAUGAAUUGGUGUUUUAAAGAAAAAAUAUCCCUAAAGUCUUGUGUCUUACUUCAUGUGUAUUCUUUCAAGCAUCAGGAAGUUUGCAUUUGUUUAUUACUCUUCUAGAUAUAUUCAUUAUUCUAGGAUUGCUUUUGAUAUUAAGAAAUAUUUUUCCAGUAAGAUUUUGCCUUUUUGCUGAAUCUUUCAUCUCUUCAUUAAUUUUGAUGUCUGCAAUGACCUGGUAAUUCCAGAGGCGGCAGGAAAGCUGUGAGGUUUAUACUUGUUGAGAUGUUGAAGGAGGUAGUAAUUUAUUUUUUUUUCUGGAGAAAACAGUAUUAAAAGCAUUUUUAAAAAUGGGUCUUUUCAUCUGGGAUACUUUAUCCAAGAGUGAUAGACUGUUUAGUCGGGAUUAUGAAUUUCAGCACAGGCGUGAGCAAGGCACCGUGAAGGUGGCUUUGUCUAGGGAUUUCUCUGAGAUAGUAGACACGUUCCCUCUGAGUCACAAAACUUCCCAUUUCCUUGGUCAGGAGGGAUCUGCUGGUUUGGACACUGAACUGUGACUCACUCAGUGCUCAGCAUCGAAGAGGGGGCCUGUCCCCUUUUCUCCCCUUCUGGCUGAUGUGCAGGGAAAGCAGAGAGCAUUGAACUACUUUAUUGCAACAUUCGGACCCAGGAAAGCCCAGAGACACCAUCCAGUGCUGGUUUCCAAAACUUGAUCAGUCCAUGUUUUAACAUGUGGCGUAAAGGCCUGAAGAGCCCUGUAAUCCCCCUUCAGGCACUCUCCACACAGGGCUCAGCAGGCUCUCAUAGACCACAGCAAUCAUCUUACAACCCUGUUGCCCCAAAUCAUUCCCCUUUCAGCAUUCAUUGGAGAGAUGCUAACGCUGAAAAUACUCCAGAGGAUGGGUUUGAAUGUGGUGUGUUUGAGCUGUGCUCAUCAGCUAAGCAGCUCUGAAUGAUGACAUUGUCACAGCUCAGCAGGUCACAUCUCUGCUGCCAAGGGAACAACCCAUCACCCUGUGGAGGACCCGAAGCUACUUCGCCAGUGAUAGUGCAACCAUGAUGAAAGGGCCACCUUUCCUCCAGCCCAGCUUCCUUGCUGGAGUGUGUUAGAGCUCAGCUGGGGCCAUGAUCCAGCACUAAUGAGCAUUUCUAGCUUGCAGCAUGUGAAUAGAGACUACUCAUGUGUUUAAUGUCAAACAUGUGCUUGCCUGCUUGCCUGGAGAGAGGCCUAAAAGUCAUGACAGAAAAGCCUAUAUUAAUGAAGGGCAUUAUUAUUCUCUUUCCUUUGAAACCCUGUGGCAUAAUUCCCAGUGGGGGAAUUCCCAAUAGGAAUUCCCAGCAAAGCCAAAGGCUACAUAAGCAUGAAGAUGUUUCAAGUUGCAAAGAUGUCCUUAAGAGAACAGAAAGCACUCAAGGAGAAAAGGAAGCAGCAGCGAUAUACAGGGCCUUGGUGCAGAAGGACACCAGGUCUGUCCAGGUGGUAACUGGAGCAACACGACUGGUGCUGCCAGGCUCUGUUCUGGUCUCAUGGGGAGGUUCAGAGUGGAGCUGGGACCAGGCUGGUAGUGCAGUGCCAAGGCAUGUUCCCCUGUAUCUCCAACCACACUCCCUAUGGUGGUAUCCCACAGCAUAAUGAUGCCUCCAUUGUGUCUGCCUCACUCUUAUUAUGAAGUGGCUUGUCUAAAGAAAGGGUGGGGUAUUUUUUUUUUUAUAUACAUACAUGGAGUAAAAACAAUCCAAAUAUGCUUUAAUGGCUCUCAACAUGAUACUGUCAAUUCUCACCACAGAGUGGAAUUUGUUGGUGGAAAUUAAAUUAAAUUAAAUUAAAACAGAAAAGCUUGGCUAUUGCUAAUGGGUACUACUGGGAGCCCUAAAAGCAGUUUGCAGUGUAGAACCAUAACAGGAGCGAACAUCCUUUAAUUCCCAGAAUCACUUGGGUUUCACAGGGUCAUUUUAGCCUAUUCUGCUGCACUGCUGAGAAGUUGCUCUUUCCCAGUCUCCCUAGGUCUAUAAACUCUGAAGAAUUUGGGAAAUGGCUACAGGCACCACAUCAGUCUUUUUCUUUUUCACUCUUUUUUUUCUCCUUCAUUAAAUGAACUACUUUAGUUUGGAAGUAAGCAAUAAGUAAAUAGAACUUGCAAACAGCAGAUUUCUCUACUUUUUCUUUAAGAAAGUUUUUAAGAGCUUUCAGAAAAUGAGAGGUUAUCCUCAGCUUUGGGAAUAAACUGUGGUAUAAAAUAUAUAUGGAAGUGGAAUUCUGAUUAAAUAAUUGAAAUAGAAAGAUCUCAGUUUGUUUUAAGGAGCAUGCUUAGGACUAAAUGAACAGCAUACUCCAGUUAUUGCAGUAGGGACUUAAGAAUCAGUUCUAAUUUCCAUUUUUUAAAAUAUUAUUUUUAAUUACUUAUUUUCCACAUAGAAACUGUAUAUACAUAUAUAUUUUUAUAUAUAUAAGUAUAUAUUUUCUGUUAAUUUUACUGCAUUAUUUAAUGCAAUAGUGCUGUGAAGUUUGUUGGGAUGGAGGGUGGCAUGAAGAGGAAAACUUACACUCUUGAAACAGCGCUAUUAUUUCUGUGUCUUUGAUUUGGUUCCCAUUUGGAUAAACAAGAACCACACCAUUUAGUUGUGUAGAAGUAGGAUCUCAACUUCACAGAUCCAGAAAGUUUGACAGUCCCUUGGAGGACAGAGUAAUUUGCUGUUUAGCAAUCUGAGCCUUGUAGUGGGCACAGCACAUUUCAGAAGGCGUCCAGGACUGUCCUUGGGUGAAGGAGCGUGUUGCUUGCAAAGCACCCCAGUGAAUCCCCCGCAGUUAUAAAAUGAGAUUAAGCCAUCAUGAGAUGUGGACUGGCCAACCCCAAACCAGACACACUCGCCUGCAGCGCAGCCACUAAAUUGGUCUGACAUCAGGAACCGCAGCGAAGGAGCUUGGCCUCAGCAGUGAGUCAAAGCAGCAUCUUUGUCACCAGUCAUUUUCUAUUUAUAAUGACACAGAUCUAUUUUAUAAUCAUGGGGAGGCACAACAGGAGUGUGCUUUGUUCUGCCUAAAUCGCAUUUCUCGUGCGGGUGCGUUUAAACACAGCCCCUGGCCCUUUGCCGCACACCACACACACCCAGGGCGGGCAGUUCUGGCACAACAAUGCACACCCUGUCGUGCUUGAGUGCUCAAAGCCUCCUGUGCUGGAGCAAUAAACUCCUACUAAAUGGCCUAAAAAUGUUCCCUUAAGUGCACUGAGCUGCCAGGCCUCCUCACUUCUCAUUUCCAAAGCUGCUCUGUGUCUAAGCCUUGAGUUUCAAACAAACCAGGAGUGCAUUGUGUUGUUUAGUGGUGGAAAUUACUGGGCAUUAUUAACUGUAAGAAAUUGGGAUGAAAAACCCCAAACCCCAACCAGCCCUCUUUCCAAGUGCAAAACUGACAGCUUGUGGUGCAGGGGACUGUAUUUUCAGAGGUUGUGAACAAAUUCCCAAUAGCUGCUCAGAGAAUGGAUCCUCAUCUGUGCAAACCUUGGAGCUACGACGACAAUCCCCCUUUGUUGCUUUCUUCUCUUUUUUUUUUUUUUUUUAUUGAAGGGUCCUGCUCUGUAUUUCCUAGAAAAUUUAUGAUGAAGUGAUCAAUAGAUUUAUUUUUGUAAUCUGAGUGUUUUCAGUUCUGAAGCCUGAAGAUCAAAACCAAGUUGCAUAGUGAGAUUUAGGGGUGAACAGAAGUGCUUGUUUUUUCCCCACAAACCCGCUCACUUUCAGAUCCUGACUCAUUUGGGGCAUGAUCCUCAUUACUUUGAGAGGGUCUGAGGUUGAAGGAGAGGAAGGGGAGCCCAUUGUACAUGCUCCUGUCCUUCCACUGAGAGAGGAUAGCAGGAACCGGUCUGGAAGUCCGUAAGAGAUGUACGACAAGUUUCCUAUCCAGUCUGUGAGCAACCUGUGCAGAGACCUGCAUGGCCCCAGCUGACCCACAAUUGCUUAAAAACUGCACUGACAUUCAAAAGCAAAAUUUGAGCUGUUAACAAUGGCAUGGAGAUCAGACAGACACAGUACCUGUUCAGGGCAUUAUACAGGCAAAAAUUGGCUCAUUUAAAAAGGCUAACACCCAAUUUGAUGACUGGAUUUUCUCCUCCAAAAUGUCAUUAAUCUCAGAAAUGCCUAAUCUCUUCAGGGCUACCACCUGAAUUAUUGGACUAAAAGCAAGAUCAGGAACUUGUAAGGAGAAAGCAGGAAUUACCUUUAAACUCAGACCUGCUGAGGUUCAAAGAAAAGUAAUUUAUUUGUAAACAACCAUUUUAUGGUGGCUGACAGUGAAAAGUAACUGUGUAUCCGGGGGUCUCCGUCAGAUAAGAAAGAAAGCCAGGAUAAAUCCCUUUGCAGACUUGUGUUUUUCAGUUGAGGCACAUCCUCUCUUAGUGGGCAGUUUUAGAUUAGAUUCCAACCUUUUGGAGUAGGAACUGUAUAUUUCUUCUCUGCAUGUGCAGCUCCUUACACAACAGGAGCCUGAUUAGGGUCUUUGUGUGCUGCUCUAGCCUCAUAAUCUAUAAUAAUAGGAAAAAUAUAAUUAAAAUGUCAUUGCAGUUCACCUUUCAUAUUAUGAUUGUGCUACUGUACUCUGUCAACUGUGAAUAAAAUAAUGUCCUUUUUGUAUAAUAGGUAGUAUAUUUUAUUAUUGAAGAAAGAGUUUAAUUUUUAAACUCAAAAAGUAUCUGCUUAUUGUUUCAUUUUAAGCUUCUAAAUAGAUUAAGUAAAUAUUUCUUUUGUAUCCUUCAACUGAGUAUCUGUUAAAUGAAGAAAUCCACCUUCCUGUAUUGGAGCUGUUUAUAAUUAUAUUCCAAGAGUGAUUAACACCUGAUAAUUUGAAUAAAAGUGGUUUAUUUUCUCA